GCCCGGCCCCGGCUGCGCAGGCGCCGCGCUCCGGGCACUUGUGGCCGCGCCGGGAAGUUGUGCUGGGAGCGCCGCGAGUGCCGAGCCGAGCCCGCCGCCGACCCCGCCAUGUCGGGCUCCUCCAACGUGGCGGCCAUGAAGAAGGUGGUGCAGCAGCUGCGCCUGGAGGCGAGUGUGACCCGCGUGAAGGUUUCUCAAGCUGCAGCUGACUUGAAGCAAUUCUGCCUGCAGAAUGCACAACAUGAUCCCCUACUGACGGGAGUAUCAUCAAGUACAAAUCCAUUCAGACCCCAGAAAGUUUGUUCAUUUUUGUAAUUAUGUGAACUACUUCAGUAUCUUUCAGUGAUCUUUUAGCAUCUUUUCCUACCUGCUGAUGUGUGUAUGGGCAGAGUGCCUCAAGGAGUGGGCUGGUUUGAAGUCUGUAAAAAAGCUUAGCUUUAACGUGCCAAAUCUAACUCUAAAAGUGCUACUGUCGUCAAACUUCUUACCAUCUACCUCUCCAGAUGAACUGUAUGCUAGUUACGUAUUUCUGUUUCAUAUGGGAAUCAGUUUUAUACGCCAAGCAAAAAAUAAAAGUGUCUUGACUUAGUCUGGUCUUGAAAUUACUGUAAGAAUUGGAUUAACUUCUGGGUAUGGUGGCACCUCACAGUCAGUGCACCACUCUGUAGCAGCUGGAGAGCAGAGAGAGGAGUGUAAAUAUUCUCUGCUGCUGCAAGUCUGCCUGGGGUUAACAGUCCUUCAGAACAAUGAGGCUGCGGCAGUACCAUACUUAGAAGCAUAACAGAAAUAGAACAGAAAAAAAUUGGGACUGUUUAUAAUUCAGCUAUACAGCUGUGCCAUAUCAUAGACAUCACAUUAAGACACAGUAAAUUAUUCUUAAUGAGUAAUUCUGCCCUAGGAGAUAACUUACUCUAUGUGCCUUCUUAUUCAGUAGGUAAAUAUGAAAAAGCACUUAUAGCUGUAUAUGAAAAGAAAGUAGCUCAAAGAAAACUUGACCUUUUAGCUGCCAGUGAAUGUGCCAACUUAAGGCAAAACAGUAGUUUAUGUGCAGAUAAUACAAACUCGAGUGUUGCUGUGAGGCUGAACCCUGCUCAGAGCCUCACAUAGUCACUGAGCAGCAUUUUUAGAUGAUAGCUUUAUGAAUGUCCUGUAAGCGGGUUUUACAAAUUCUUUCCCAUCCUUUCAACUGCUUUGGGUAUACAGAUCUCUUGUUGAUGUGAUACUUAAAGAAGAGAUGCCCGUAGGAGUUAUGCAUAUUGUUUUUGUAACUUCAGCAACAUGCCUAUUUUAUGCAAAAUGCUAAUGAAAUAAAAUACCAUGGAUUUCAUGGA